UUGCCCGUUGGCCCAAACCAAAUGCAGGCAGUGCUGUAUUUUGUUACGUUGGGGAGCAUCAUGUAAAUAAGGAGCUGCCCGUGUGUGCGAUUUUCCAAACGACGUUUUAAACUAUUGACGCGUAGAAAUAUAUAGUGUAAUAUCGAGACAUCGUUGAAAAAUUUAAGAAGAGUAGACGUAUUAACCGAGUGCUUUUGAUCGUGUGUGUAUAUAUAUAUAUGCGCACAGGUACUUUUCUAACCUAUAUCUAUAUCAUUUGCGCCGAAAUUUUUUUUCCGUCGUUUUACAGUAGGAUCGCUUGUUAUGAUUUAUGCAGGAUUUACUUUGAAAUUCGAAUGAUCAUUUGAGCAUUUUUUGGAAAAUUGAUCGGCUGUUUGAGCUAUUUUGUUGCCGAUAAUGAUUGAGGUUGUGUAAUAAAAACGUGAUACCAGCAUUUUUACGCUCAAAAUGUUUUUGCACUGGUGAUCGCCUGAUUUUUGGAUAACAAGUGUCUAACCUGUCAUCUUGAAGAUGACAAGUACGCUUGUUUUACAAUUCGUCCAGCGGCUCAAGUCAAAGCAUGAGGAUGUCAGAAAUAAAGCAGCCCGUGAGCUCUGUCUCUAUGUCAAGACAGAGCUACGCGAGGCCACACAAGAGGAAAUUACAGCUUUUAUGGAUGAGUUCAAUCACCACAUAUUUGAGAUGGUUUCUGGCUCAGACAUCAACGAGAAAAAAGGUGGUAUCCUGGCAAUAGUAUGCCUCAUUGGUGCAGAUGUAGGCAACAUCAAUACUCGCACCAUUCGAUUUGCCAACUAUCUGCGAAACCUUCUGCCUUCCAGUGACAUUGGAGUUAUGGAGUUGGCUGCCAAAACAGUUGGCAAACUAGCUCUGGUUUCUGGCACCUUUACUGCUGAGUAUGUUGAAUUCGAAGUCAAGAGGGCCUUUGAAUGGCUUAGUGGUGAUAGAAAUGAGAACAAGAGACACGCAGCAGUUUUGGUUCUCAAAGAGCUAGCAGUCUCUAUGCCCACAUAUUUUUUCCAGCAUAUUACCCAGUUCUUUGAAUUGAUCUUUAAAGCAGUCUGUGACCCUAAGCCAGCCAUUCGUGAAGGUGCUGUAGAAGCCCUCCGCGCAGCUCUAGUCUUGACAGCACAACGUGAAACUGCCAAGCAGACACAGAAACCCACAUGGUACAAGUUGUGCUAUGAAGAGAUAGUUGCAGGCUUUGAGGAGGUUUAUGUCCGGGAGAAGAGCUUCAAUCGGGAUGAUCGAAUGCACGGCUCAUUGCUAAUUCUCAAUGAGCUGUUGCGCUGUAGUAAUCUACAAUGGGAGCGGCUUUAUGAAGACCUCAUGGAGCGGCUCAGCUGUUCCAGCCAGCCGACCGACAAUGAUAUCCUGUCAUUGAUGCCGAGAUUAAAGACGAGCCUCAUGUCAAAGUGGACGGCCUCAGCUCCUCAGAGUUCGUUGCAGAGUGUUCAACACAAUCUCCAUCCAGUUCACGAGUCGAACGCCUGUCGGAGUUUGAUGCUGGAGAAACUCGAUGAAAUCAACGCAGACGUGAUGAACCAGCGCCACUGCCGCAACUCGCACAUACAGAACGCGCUCAUGACUCUGCUACCAAGAUUAGCGGCCUUCAACAAGGAAAAAUUUGUUCAGGACAAUCUACGCGAGUGCAUGCAUUAUCUAAUUGUCAGCCUGAGGGGCAGAGAGAAGGACAGAGCAGCUGCCUUUACCACGAUCGGGUUGAUAGCUGUAGCCGUUGACGAGGCCAUCAAGCCUUACUUACCCAAGAUUAUGGACGUGAUUAAAAGCUCGCUACCGUCCAAAGAGACACCCAACAAAAAGAGGAGCUCUGCUCUCGAACCUGCGGUUUUUGUUUGCAUUACACUGCUGGGACAUGCUGUGAAACAGACCAUCACGUCGGAUGUGAGGGAUUUGCUGGAGCCGAUGCUGGCUACCGGGUUGUCGCCGAUUCUCACCACCUCCUUGAGAGAACUGGCGCAUAGCGUGCCUUCCUUGAAGCCUGAUAUAUCUCAGGGCCUACUCAGGAUGUUGUCACAGGUGCUGAUGUACAAGCCUCUUCGUCAUCCAGGUGCACCUUGGACAGCCACAAGUCCCGUUUCUGCCCCACCUACUGAGAUCGAUGUAGCUUCCACGGUCUUAGGUCUUCGCACCCUUGGUACCUUCAACUUCGAUGGAAAUCCAUUAUUACAGUUCGUGCGUCGUUGUGCCGACUACUUCCUCACAUGGGAAGAACCGGAGGUACGUCUCGAGGCCGUCAAAACGUGCUCGAGACUGCUGAGAUUAGCGCUUGGUCAACCCGGACCUACUGUUACUAGUACCGUAUCUACUGUGCUUGGGAAAUUGUUAGUCGUGGGAAUCACGGAUACCGAUUCGGAUGUUAGAUACUGGGUGCUGGCGUCGCUGGAUGAGCCAUUUGAUAUUCAUCUAGCACAAGCAGAGAGUCUCUCAUGUUUGUUUGUCGCUAUGAAUGACGAGGUUUUUGAAAUUCGGGAAUUAGCUAUUCGUACAAUCGGUCGGCUGAGCGGCAUGAAUCCAGCCUACGUGAUGCCAUCCCUUCGUAAAGCUCUCAUACAGUUCCUCACCGAGCUCGAACACUCGGGUAUGGGUCGCAACAAGGAGCAGGCAGCCCGUAUGCUGGAUCAUCUAGUCGUCUCAGCACCGAGACUCAUCCGACCCUACAUGGAACCGGUGCUCAAAGUUUUGGUACCCAAGCUAAAGGAAACCGAAACUAAUCCAGGAGUUGUGCUGGCAGUUUUGAGAGCAGUUGGAGAUUUGGCAGAGGUUAGCGGCGCUGAGAUGCAGCCCUGGAUGCCUGAGCUGCUCGCAAUAUUGCUAGAGAUGCUAGUGGACGCGUCGUCGCCGGAAAAGAGAGGUGUUGCACUGUGGGUCUUGGGUCAGCUUGUUGGUAGUACGGGUCAUGUAGUGCGACCGUAUACACAGUACCCAUCGCUGCUCGAUGUUCUUCUGAACUUCCUCAAGACCGAGCAACAGCCCGUCGUUCGUCGUGAAACUAUCCGUGUACUUGGUCUUUUAGGCGCGCUCGACCCCUACAAGCACAAAAUGAACCUUGGACAGAUAUCAUCUCCACAGCUCGAAGCUCUGAGCUCUCGACCGUCUGCCGAUGCUCGCCCUGAAGCUGGUGACGAGCUUAGCACCAGUGAGAUGCUGGUCAAUAUGCCCUCGGCUACCCUGGAGGAGUACUAUCCAGCCGUAGCCAUCGCAACCCUCAUGCGCAUUAUCCGCGAGCCAACUCUCGCGCAGCAUCACACUAUGGUUGUCCAAGCCGUCACUUUCAUUUUCAAGAGUCUUGGUAUUAAAUGCGUGCCAUAUAUAUCCCAAGUGAUGCCGAGUUUUCUUAACGUGCUUCGGACUGCAGAUGUCGGAUUCCGGGAGUAUCUCUUCCAGCAGCUCGCUAUUCUCAUUGCUAUCGUCAAGCAUCAUAUUCGCAACUACCUCGAUGACAUAUUCGCGCUUGUGCAAGAGUUCUGGACGUGGAACAGUCCGCUUCAAGGCACGCUCAUUCAUCUAGUCGAACACAUCGCUGUGGCUUUAGGAGCCGAAUUUAAGAUAUAUCUUCCUCGCCUGAUGCCUCAAAUACUGCGAGUCCUGAGUCAUGACACAAGCAAAGAACGCCAGGUCACGGUGAAACUGUUACUCGCUUUGCAAAAGUUCGCCGGAAACCUCGACAAUUACCUGCACUUGGUCUUACCACCUGUAGUCCGACUCUUCCAGACGAGUCCGGAUUGCCCGGUCGCUGUCAGUCGGUGUGCUCUGGAAACAGUCGAACAACUAGCCGAAAGCCUUGACUUUACAGACUUUGCCUCCCGCAUCGUACAGCCGCUCGUUCGAACGCUGGAUCAGUGUUCCGAGCUUCGAGCUCCGGCCUGCGAGACUCUGUGCGCCUUAUUGCUGCAAUUGGGGCCCAAGUUCCACAUCUUCUUGCCACUUGUUCAGCGUGUCAUGGUACGGCAUAGGAUCGUCCAUCCACGAUUUGAGAGUUUAGUAGACAAAGUGCAAAGCGCAUCUAGAUUAGGAGGCCCAGGACGUUUUGAAGUAGCCGAGCACGAUCACCUGUUGCUCAGUGGGGCCAAACAGCGCCAGGCCAGAAGUAAGAGUCAGCGCGCGGAAUUGGGCCUAGCUAGUGCUGCAGAUACAACCGUCAUCAAGAAGCUCAACGUUUCUGCAUCGAAUCUUCAAAAAGCCUGGACAGCUACUAGACGCGUGUCCAAGGACGACUGGCUCGAGUGGCUUCGCAGCCUCUCCAUUGGUCUCUUAAAAGAAUCCCCGUCGCCGGCCUUACGUUCCUGCUGGGCUCUGGCCCAAACCUAUUCACAGCUACCGCGAGACCUCUUCAACGCGGCUUUUGUCUCCUGCUGGAGCGAACUCGACGAGUCCCACCGCACCGAGCUCGUGGCUACUCUUCAACAAGCUCUCAUGGUUCCCGAUAUACCCGAGAUCAGUCAGACAAUCCUAAAUCUCGCCGAGUUUAUGGAACAUUGUGAUAAGGGACCGUUACCUUUGGAUAGUAAAGUCUUGGGUGAACGAGCGAUGCAUUGUCGGGCAUACGCUAAGGCGCUCCACUACAAAGAGGACGAAUACCACAAGGGCCGCAGCGGUGCUGUAUUCGAGUCACUCAUCAGCAUUAACAACAAAUUACAGCAGAAAGAGGCUGCGGAAGGUCUACUCGAGUACGUUAUGAAUCAGCAGCAAGAGAACAACAAGCAAGAGCUGAAGGUGCAGGUUCGCUGGUACGAGAAACUCCAUAACUGGGACAAGGCUUUGCAUCUGUAUAGGGAGAGGUUGGAGGUUGAUGCGCAAGACGUUGAGUCGACUUUGGGAGAGAUGCGGUGUUUGGAAGCUUUGGGAGAAUGGGGACAACUGCACGAGGUGGCGAUGAGACAAUGGAGUUCGCAUACCCAAGAGACUAAACAGCGCAUGGCCAGAAUGGCAGCGGCGGCUGCCUGGGGGUUGAACCAGUGGGAGAGCAUGGAAAAGCACGUGGCGCUGAUUCCCAAAGAAACUCAAGACGGAGCUUUCUACAGAGCUGUGUUGGCAAUUCACGACGAGCAAUAUGACCUGGCGCACAAGUUGAUAGACAAUGCGAGAGACUUACUGGACACCGAAUUGACAGCCAUGGCUGGCGAGAGUUAUCAGAGAGCUUACAACGCAAUGGUCGAGGUACAGAAGCUCGCGGAGCUCGAGGAGGUGAUACAGUACAAGCUCGUACCGGAAAGACGAGCGACCAUCAAGUCCAUGUGGUGGGAGCGAUUGCAGGGUGGUCAACGGAUCGUAGAGGACUGGCAGAAGAUCAUACAGGUGCACACGCUCGUUAUUUCUCCACAGGACGAUAUGUACACAUGGCUCAAGUAUGCGAGUCUUUGUCGGAAAAGUGGAAACCUUGCGUUGUGUCACAAGACACUGGUUAUGCUGCUAGGAGUCGACCCAUCCACAGCGAGACCCGACCAAGCUCUUCCCAUUCAACAUCCACAGGUAACAUUCGCUUACUGCAAGCACAUGUGGGUGGAUGGCAAGCGUGACGCAGCUUAUGGUCAACUCCAGCGCUUCGUGCGUACCUUCCUACCAGGCCAGCAACAACAGCAGCAGCAACCAGCCGAAGACGAACGUCAACUCGAAGCUCGCAAGCGCCUACUCGCUCGUUGUUAUCUCAAACUCGGAGAGUGGCUGGAAGCUCUGCAAGGUAUCAACGAGGACUCGAUUCCCAAUGUCUUGUCUUACUACGCGCACGCGACAAAGCACGAUCCGAGUUGGUACAAAGCCUGGCACGCGUUCGCCUACACCAACUUCGAAGCGGUAUUGUUCUAUAAACACCAACAAACGGAAACGGCAUUCAACGAGCAGCAACAGCAACAACAAAAUGGAGGUCCAAACGGAGCGAAUGUUUUGGCAAACGGAGCUGCAAAGAGUCAAUUGUCGUCCCAGUUUAUAACGAGGUUCACGGUACCAGCGCUGGAAGGUUUCAUCAGAUCGAUCAAUCUGUCAAAUGGGAACUCUCUGCAGGAUACGCUCAGGUUGCUGACGUUGUGGUUCGAGUAUGGACAGUGGCCUGAAGUUUACGAGGCUAUUAUAGAGGGCAUUCGACUCAUUGAAAUCAACACUUGGCUACAGGUUAUACCGCAGCUCAUAGCCAGAAUUGACACACCGCGAGCUUUGGUCGGACGUUGCAUUCAUAAUCUUCUCGUUGACAUCGGCAAGACUCAUCCUCAGGCUCUGGUAUAUCCAUUGACCGUGGCAUCGAAGAGUGCGAGUCACGCGCGUAAGACGGCCGCUAACAAGAUCUUGAACAGCAUGAGCGAGCAUAGUCCGACAUUGGUACAACAGGCGAAGAUGGUGAGUGACGAGCUCAUCCGCGUAGCCAUACUCUGGCACGAGUUGUGGCACGAGGGUCUCGAGGAAGCGAGUAGACUGUAUUUCGGUGAACGAAAUGUCAAAGGCAUGUUUGACACACUAGAACCUUUACACGCGAUGCUGGAGCGCGGACCUCAGACGCUCAAAGAAACGUCUUUCAAUCAAGCCUAUGGUCGCGACUUAAUGGAAGCACAAGACUGGUGUCACAGGUACAAGGUGUCAGGAAACGUACGCGAUCUCAAUCAAGCCUGGGACCUUUACUACCACGUGUUCCGGCGAAUAUCGAGACAAUUACCACAGCUGACGAGUCUCGAAUUGCAGUACGUCAGUCCUAAGCUGCUGUUGUGCAGAGAUUUGGAACUGGCUGUACCGGGAAGCUAUCAACCCGGGCAGCCUGUUAUCAGGAUCGGUAGUAUAAAUAGUUCGCUGCAAGUCAUAACGAGCAAACAGCGACCGAGAAAGUUAUGCGUCAAGGGUAGUAACGGAAAGGAUUACAUGUUCUUGCUCAAAGGUCACGAAGAUCUUCGUCAGGACGAGCGUGUUAUGCAGCUAUUCGGUCUAGUCAAUACUUUGUUGCUGCACGAUCCAGAUACGUUUAGGAGAAAUUUGACGAUUCAGAGAUACGCCGUUAUUCCUUUAUCUACAAAUAGUGGCCUUAUUGGAUGGGUACCUCACUGUGAUACUUUGCACACUUUAAUCAGGGAUUACCGAGAGAAAAAGAAGAUACUUCUCAACAUCGAACAUAGAAUUAUGCUGAGAAUGGCACCGGACUACGAUCACCUGAUGCUCAUGCAAAAAGUCGAAGUUUUUGAACACGCCUUAGAACACACGUGCGGUGACGAUUUGGCCCGUUUGCUCUGGUUGAAAUCACCAUCGAGCGAGGUCUGGUUUGAUCGACGCACCAACUACACUCGCUCACUGGCCGUUAUGUCGAUGGUUGGAUACAUCCUCGGUUUGGGCGAUCGACAUCCCUCGAAUCUUAUGUUGGACAGGCUUAGCGGCAAAAUACUUCACAUUGACUUUGGCGAUUGCUUCGAGGUCGCUAUGACUCGCGAGAAGUUCCCUGAAAAGAUACCCUUCCGUCUCACCCGAAUGUUAAUUAACGCGAUGGAGGUGACGGGUAUAGAGGGCACAUACAGACGCACCUGCGAAUCGGUUAUGUCGGUGCUACAUCGCAACAAGGACAGCUUGAUGGCCGUACUCGAGGCCUUCGUUUACGAUCCUUUGUUGAACUGGAGGCUGAUGGACAACGCCGCUCCUAAGGGCAAGAGGAGCGACGCACAGGGCAUGAGCACUAGUAGUAGUCAGGAACAUGGUGACAUGCUGGAUUCGUUGACAGCUACGUUCCCGAAGAAGGGCGUACCUUGUAGCAUUGAAAACGGAGGUGACAGUAAUCAGCCAGAAGCUUUGAACAAAAAGGCUCUUCAGAUCAUAAACAGAGUCCGUGAUAAGCUCACUGGCCGCGACUUUUCACACGAAGAGACGCUAAGUGUGCAGCGACAAGUGGAUCUUUUGAUACAACAAGCAACUAAUAAUGAAAACCUCUGUCAAUGUUAUAUAGGAUGGUGUCCAUUUUGGUAAACGACAAGCCAAUUUUAACAAGCUAAACUCCAAUUAAGUAGGCCUUUAAUACAAGACAAACCAAAAAAUAAAACAAGGAAUUUUGCAUUUUGUUGAAACGUGUAUUCUGCCGAGCAUACGAGUAUAUACUUUAAUUAUCUAUGCAUAAGUGUUCGUGCGGACUCUCGAGAAUGGGUGUCGUUUUACACAGUUCCUGGUUAUUACAUUGAGCGUGUAAAUAUUUGAGCGAAUGUGAGUACAAAUGGAUGUAGUAGCCUCUCGCGCGCGAGUGUGUUUUUCGAAUCCGAUUGCGAUGAGCCGCCAGCAAUAUACUGGCAGUAUACUAUAGAAAUACGAGACAAUUACAUUGUAAAUAUAGAACAUAAAAACGCUCAUAAAGCUUAAACUACAUGUAUAAGAUAAUAAAGCAUUCCCGCUUAAAAAA